GUAUGCGUGUGUGUGUGUGUUAAUGAGCCAGUAUGUUCGUGAUAAGGCAGGGGGAGAGAAGGGGGGGGGGGGUUGAGCAAGCGGACCCACCAGAACUGAACUUCCUUCCUGUGCUGCUGGAACCGGAGAGCGACGAGCUUUUAUAAAUGGACGCUGCACAAUGAGGGGCUUCCAGUCUCGGGGGGAACUUCGCAUCGUCCAACGCGGCCGGCCGUCGUCGUCGUCGUCGUCUCCGUAAUCUCCUUCCGGCAUCGGGGCACAACAGCGUGAUGGCUUUCGUGACGCCGCGCGCGUUGCUUCUUCUCCUCUGCGGGCUCCGGGCAACGGUGGUGUCUCUGCGCGGACAUUGCACAGAAACGCAGUGUUACGCCAUUUUCGUGGAGCAAAAAGACUUUCUGGGAGCGCAGAAAAGCUGCCGAGAUUCCGGUGGUGAUUUGUUGUUAUUCAUCUACGCGCAAGCGCAGAGAGGCUUGCUCGCCGCCGGCUUCAGCGGGAGUUUUUGGUUCGGGACGGCCAGAGACGCCCCGAACUGCACUUCGUGCGCGGUGAGGACGGGAGGCCAGCUGACGAUCGAGACGAGGUCGUGCGACGACGAACUCGGCGGUUACAUCUGCCAGUACCCCAACGCGGACCCCUGCGGCGCCAUCCAUCCCGUCUCGGGAGACGCCGAGGUGACGUACUCGGCGCCGAUGAACUUCGAGGUGGACGCCGCUUCCCUUCGCUUCCCUCGCGGAACGGUGGCGGAGGAGGCCGAGCCGGGCACCUUCUACCCGCUCGCCAAGUAUUUGUGCUUCGAGUCGAGUUGGCUACAAGCUCCGUGGAACUGCGAGGUGAUGGCAGGCGGCUGCGAGGAGCGCUGCAACGCCACCACCGGCUCCUGCGAGUGUUCGGAGAGAGCCGUCCUCCGCGCCAACCUCAUCACCUGCAGCGAGAACCCGUGCGACCGUUGCGCGCACAGAUGCGACGCCGCCACCCGGAAGUGCGCGUGCCGCGCCGGCUACGCGCUGGAGCCGGACGGGAAAACCUGCGCGGACGUGGACGAGUGCGUCCGGCCGGACGUUUGUACAUCGGAGGGAAAGGAAUGCGUGAACACGCUCGGGGGCUACGAGUGCAGGUGCAAAGACGGUUUCGAGGAGGAGGACGGGGACGGGGGCGAUGGCGCGUGCGUGGACGUGAGUAUCUGUGACAAAUGUGAGCACAUGAAGUGCGUCAAGUCCGACGGCGCGUACGCGUGCGCGUGUCGCGAAGGCUUCAGAGUGUCCCCGCUCGACCCCGCCAAGUGCGAGAUGUCCUGCGAUCGGCGGGACUGUCUGGCCAACUGCAUCCCGAAUCCCGAUCUAGAGAAGAAAGACAUGCAUCAGUGCUUCUGCCCCGACGGUUACGUCCAAGACAUCCGCAACAACACCGCCUACUGCACCGACAUCGACGAGUGCAAGAAUCGGAAGCUGUGCGAACACAAGUGCGAAAACCUCUUUGGCAGUUUUGCGUGUUCUUGCGACGAGGGCUACGACUUGUUCGACGACUACAUGUGCGUGAUCCCGGACGAUGAGGGAUGGCGCCCGGCGGAGGCUCCCACGCCGGCCCCGCCGCGUCCGGCCUCGAUGCCGACUUACGUGAAAGCGGGCAGCGCGCUCGGCAUCGCCGUGUUCGUCUCGCUUUGCCUGCUGCUGCUCUACUUGCUGGUGAGGAACUUGGCCAAACGUUGCGGCAGUCUUGAGCUCUCCUCUCUCAAAGGGCCCGACGUGGAUAUCUUCUACCUGCAGCAAGUCACCACGGAGACGUACAAGCGGUUAUCUUUUGACAAAUGGGACUCGCAGAGACUUUAACCGCGAUGGCGAAGACCGGGCAAUGCACGGAGAGACGAAUAACGAACGGCGCUUGGGCAGCCGCCAUUUUGCCCCCCGGCCACCGAGCGAAUCCGCUCGUAUGCUGACAUCAGCUUCAGUCAUCGACAUUUCAAAACCAAACACUGUAUUCGUCAUUCUCUGUCAUCGAUCGACCACAAAAGUGUUUUGAUAUGACGACGACGAUAUUUAUGAAAUCGCUUUAUCGGCUAUGUUGAUCGAUCGUGUUAACGAAAUUACUACUCAGUUGAAUACUUCUGAUAAUCCCUCAAGUUUUAUUUUUAUUUUUUUAAUUUUGUGACCAAUUUUAGCAGCGGUGUAUUUUUAAUUUUUUUUCUUUUUUUUUGCUUGAGCACCGUCGCCUGUUACGUCCGCGCGCAUGCCUGCGACAACGGGAACAUGCUACCAUAGCAACAGAUGACGUAACAGAUGUAAACAGCCAUUGGCGCUCACGAAACGAAAACACUAUUUUGUUGUUCUUUUAAAUGGAAAACGGGAGUUUUGUUUGCCGUGUGGUUGACUGAGUUUCCCUUGAAUGGUCUCGUCUUGGAGUGAGAAAGUCUCUCGAUUGUAUCUUUUAAUCCUGAAUAGUUCAAAUUGAUCAAAUAUUAAAGGUACUAAAAUCGAUCUACACUCGGCACAACGGCAGUCAGUCGAGUUAAGUUCUCCACCGAGGCAUCCGAACCGGUCAAGAAUUUGCCGUCGCUUGUCCAACUCAAAAUUUGGAGAUCCAAUGCGAGCUUGUCAUUAGACAAUGUUUGGGCUGCAUUGAGAAAUUCAGGAAGAAAUCUUACAUUCAAUCCGCAGCACAAUAUCAAGGUCAUAGAAAUGAAACAACUUCCUCUUUAAAAAAAUAAAUUAUCAUCUCAUGCAACCCAAUUCGACAUCUUUGUUGUCGGCUAAGGCACAAAUUUUGAAGAAGCUAUUUUUGGAUGA